CUAAGACGUCUCGUAACCACCACCACCACCACCACCGUGAACGCUCAGAGAGAGACUCCUUUUCUUUUCUGUCCUUUCUUCGUCACUUUUCCAGUCACUUGUCUCUCUGAGCAUGCUGAGAUCAGAGAGAGUGAGUGAGUGAAGAGACUUUAAUUUAUGUGUCUGAGAAGUGUUAAAUACGGAUCGCCCUCCUCUCAUAAUUGUGCACCUUUCUUUCCUUUCCUGUAUAUAUUGAUGUUAUUUUUGUUUUAUCUUUGAAUACGGGUAGCUUUUGUUGGUUUCUUUAAUCAGAUCUGUGAUUCCCCUCCGUUUUGUAAUCAUCACCCACUUUGUUAUUUUCCGGGUUCUGAUGAUGGUGGUGAUGAUGAUCUCUUCUCAACUAGUCUUUCCCCCUUUAGAAAUUGAAAUCUUAUCACAAAAAGUUAAUUCUUUUCUCUCUCUUCCUCUCAAUGUUACUGUAGAGUAGUUCAAGUUCCAGAUCUUUGUGUUUCUUGAUCUGCUGUUUUGUUUCCACUCUCCGGCUCAGAUCUAGCUGGGUUUACUAUAUAUUUGUCGUAGUUAAGAGCUGAGGAUUUGGGGGAAAGUGUUCGAUGUGUUUGUAUGAUAAUCAGUGUAUGAUGAUUUACUUUCCGGACGAAGUGCUGGAGCUCAUUUUCGAUUUCCUGACGUCGCAUAAAGACAGGAAUGCGGUUUCCAUGGUGUGCCGGUCUUGGUACAUGCUGGAGAAGCUUAGCAGGGAGAAGGUGUUCGUAGGGAAUUGCUAUGCUAUCAGUCCGGAGAGGGUGAUAUCCAGGUUUUCUAGGAUGAGGUCUCUAACCCUAAAGGGAAAGCCCCAUUUUGCUGACUUCGGGUUGGUUCCGCAUGAGUGGGGUGGCUAUGUUUACCCAUGGAUUGAAGCUCUCUCGGAUGCAUCUGUGAAUCUGGAAGAGCUUCGGUUGAAGAGAAUGGUGGUUUCUGAUGAUGCCCUUGACUUCCUUUCCAGAUCAUUCCCCAAUUUUAAGUCUUUGGUCCUGGUUAGCUGUGAAGGUUUCACUACAGAUGGUCUUGCUGCUAUUGCCUCCAAUUGCAGGUAUCUGAGAGAAUUGGACUUGCAGGAAAAUGAUGUUGAAGAUCAUAGAGGGCAGUGGCUUAGUUGUUUCCCAGAGAGCUCUACAUCGCUUGUCUCUUUAAACUUUGCAUGCUUAAAAGGGGAAGUUAAUCUGGCAGCACUUGAGAGACUAGUGGGUAGGUGUAAGAACCUCAGAAGUUUAAGGGUAAACCGUGCGGUGCCUCUUGAUGCUCUUCAGAGUAUUCUAUUACAGUCCCCUCAGUUGACAGACUUAGGGACUGGGUCUUUUGUUUGUGACCCGAACACAGAGACGUACAAGAAACUGAAAAUUGCUUUGAAGCGCUCCUCAAUAAAGAGUUUGUCUGGUUUUUUGGAGGUUUCUUCUUUCUGCUUACCUUCCGUUUACCCUAUGUGCGCAAAUUUGACAUCUUUGAACUUGAGCUAUGCUCCAGGAAUUUACUGUAUUGAGCUUAUGAAGCUGGUUCAACAUUGUAGGAAACUGCAGCGAUUAUGGGUUCUGGACACCAUUGGAGACAGAGGACUUGUUGUUGUAGCCUCGAAUUGCAAAGAACUACAAGAAUUAAGGGUAUUCCCAUCCCAGGAAAUCCAGGUGGGCUACAACAGUGUAACAGAGGAAGGUUUGGUUGCGAUAUCUGCCGGCUGUCCCAAACUCAGCUCUUUGCUCUACUUCUGCUGGCAGAUGACAAACGCGGCAUUGGUAGCGGUUGCCAAGAACUGCCCAAACUUCACCCGCUUCAGGCUAUGCACCCUGAACCCGAUGGUACCCGACGCGGUUACGAAGAAGCCUUUCGACGAAGGUUUUGGGGCGAUUGUAAAGUCCUGCAGAGAGCUUAAACGGUUAUCGGUCUCCGGACUUCUGACCGAUCAGGUUUUCCUGUACAUAGGGAUGUAUGCGGAACAGCUGGAGAUGCUGUCUGUUGCCUUUGCAGGUAAGAGUGAUAAGGGGAUGCUGUAUGUUCUAAACGGAUGCAAGAAGCUGAAGAAGCUUGAGAUCAGGGACUGCCCGUUUGGUGACAAUGCGCUUCUGGCAGACGUGGGGAAGUAUGAAACAAUGCGAUCCCUCUGGAUGUCGUCCUGUGAGGUGACCCUUGGGGCUUGCAAGGUUCUGGCCAAGAAGAUGCCAAGACUAAAUGUGGAAAUCAUCAAUGGGGCUGAGGAUGAGAUGGUAGAGGGUGAUGAUGAUGAGAGAAAGAAAGUGGAGAAGAUGUAUUUGUAUCGGACGUUGGCUGGGAAGAGGAAAGACGCACCAGGGUUUGUGUGGACAAUGUAGUUGUAGUUUUAGAAGAUGAGCACCUUCGUCUUCUUUGCCAUUUGGCCUUUGUAGUUUUAGAUGAAGAGUGUUUUUUGAGCCAAGGAUUAUUCAUAUCUUGGUAAUGAAGCAGUCUUCAAUCCAAUUUAUAAUAAAAAUAUAUUAUUGGUGUUGCUAA